AUGAGGAACACCUCAGACCCUGCCCGCCGAACCCGAUUCUUCAGCAACGAGAGCAGAGUCCUUGGACGCCGAGGCCUUUACAGUGUCCAAGACAAGAAGGGCAGCAUCCUGUCCCCAGGAAGAAUAAGACGUCGAGCGUGGCAAUUACCUGCAGCUCACGUUACCCCGGCCAGCGCCUCCAGCUCUGCGUGCUUUCUCUUAUCCGAAACCCUCCCUCCGUCCAUCCUCGCCACUCUCUCCCCCUCCUCCUCCUCCUCCUCCUCCUCCUCCUCCUCCUCCUCCUGGGCCACGCCUUCCUUCUCCAGCCUGGCGGUCCUCCUCCUGGGGCUAGGCUGGACGGGGUACCUGCUGCAAGCUCCCCCCGGGGAAUGCCGGGCCCUCCGGAACAUCCACGAGUUCUACAAGAUCGUCGAGAAGCCCAUUGGCGCCGGUGGCUUUGGGGUCGUGUGCGUGGGCUCGCACCGGGAGACGGGGGAGGUGGUGGCGAUUAAGCAGCUGCCCAAGAAGGCGAUCCGGGAGCUUAAGGUGAUGACGGAGGUGGACAUCCUCCGGCUGGCGGGUGAGCACCGGAACAUCAUCGGCUUCCGAGACCUCUUCCAGGAUGAGGAGAACUGGUACAUCGUGAUGGAGAUGGCGGAGGGGGGCGAGCUUUUCGACCGGCUGGUGGAACGGGGCGCCUACUCGGAGGCCCAGGCAAGUGAGAUCAUGCGGGAGAUCGUCGACGCGGUCUCCUACCUGCACCAGCAGGGCAUCGUCCACUGCGACUUGAAGCCCGAGAACCUCUUGCUCGCCACCAAGGCCAGCGACACCAGCAACAUGCGCCUGGUUGACUUUGGCUCCGCGUUUCGGGCGGACUCGGGGAAACUCGUGUCCAAAAAAGGCACAGGGACCAUCGCCUACUCCGCGCCCGAGGUCAUCUCGGGGCGCCCCUGCGGCUACAAAGCGGACGUGUGGGCCCUUGGUGUCUUGAUGUACAUCCUCCUCUCCGGUACGUCCCCCUCCCUCCCUUCCUUCCUCCCUCCCUUCCUCCCUCUUGCCUCCGGUCCCUUUCCAAGGGCGCGCGGGUGUCCCGCAUAA